AUGGGAAAGUGUUUGGGUAAAGGAUUGAAGAGAUGGUUUUGUGAUUUUUGCCCAAAUUUUAAAUUUGGAAAAAGGUUUGGGUCAAGACUGGAGAUACUCUUAGUAACAGGAGAAGUGUCACACACCUCCUUCAUGGUGGAGUAUUCAUCAUCAUCUGCUGCAGCUGAUAAAGUUGCUGCAAGUUCCGACCUCUUGACCGAAAUCCUAAUUCGUCUACCCAUAAGAUCUCUCAUGCGGUUCAAAUCUGUUUCUAAAUACUGGCUCUCUCUCAUCAACAGCGAUUCGUUCUCUCUAUGUCGCAAUCCCAACUCCACCGCUGUCGUCUCCGGCCUAUUCAUGCACCCCGUCUCCGACCUAUUAACCGGGGACACCUAUAGGUCCACCACUGUACCCAAACUUGAUUUCAUCCCCCUAACCAACACCACCGGUGGCAGUACCCCUACUCACAAACCCCACCCUCAUUUCAAUGAUCUCGCUUUCUUCCCGUGUUUAUCAGGUAACAAACGAAUCAUAAGUUCCUGUCAUGGAUUACUAUUGUGUUGUUUCUACACAGAACUGAAUUACCGUAAACCCGACUACUUUAUCCUCAAUCCCACAACCAAACAAUUCAAGAUCCUCCCCAACCGCCAUCUCUCCGAACUCAGAGGCCUAACACUAGCUUUCGAUCCGUUGAGAUCCCCUCACUACAAAAUCGUUUGCGCUCAUUACGACACAUUAAUAUGUCCAGCGGUGCCCUACUAUCAGAUUGCGACGUACUCAUCUGAGACCAGAUCAUGGAAGGCCUCCAGUGAGCUGUUCGCAGUAGAUUUCUACAAGUAUGACAACUCUGGGGUGUAUUGGAACGGUGCGGUUCAUUGGUUCAACCGCAGGCGGAAUAGGAAUUCACUGUAUUACAAUGUCGACGAAGAGCGGAUGGGAAUCAUUCCAGCGCCUCCGGCACGAGAGCUUAGAAAUUGUUGUGGUUGGGAUUCUAUGCAUUAUGGGGAAUUUUGGGGCCGCUGUUCUGGUCCGGAGUCUAGUUAUUAUGGGGAAUCUGGGGGUCAGUUACAUCUCGUUGAGACCUACCGUUUUGGUCCGACGAAUCAAGUUCAUGUUUAUGAGAUGGCGAGGGAUUACUCUAUGUGGUCGGUGAAAUACCGGGUUGAUGAUCUCGAUGGCAUCGGAAUCGUGCGGCGCCCGGGGGGUUGUAGUUCGAUUAGUGUGCUUUGUGUGGUACGGACAAAAAGAGACGAGGAGUCGUUUAUGGUCCUGCACGUACCUGGUAAAAUCUUGGGCUACGGUUUUGCAGAUGGGAAUUUCAAGGAGAUAUGUGGCGUGGCGGCUCCGGAGGGGUUCGAUAACGAGGGAGGGGUACAGGAUGUGCUUACAUAUUUCUGGUCUGAUUGCUAUCCUUACGUCGAAUCUCUCUCUCGUGUUUGA